AUGCACCGGGCAAAGAAGGACGCUGCAGAAGCGGUUGGAGAGGCAGCCGGCGUCUGCCGUCACAACGAGUCCCAGCGCUGGUUGGACAUGCGCGUCGGCUCGCCCGAGGACUGCUAUCGCGACCCUCCCGUCGUGCCGCAGCCUCCGACGAGCUCUGCAACCGAGGAGAGUGAGGUCGUCAACGCGCCCGGCGGCUCCGGCAAGACUUUAGCCUUGGCCACCCUCCUUGCGGAGCAGGAGGAGAUCCGCUCUCGGUCGGCAACGUGGCAGCUAGUCGAGGGACUCGGUAGUUGUGACCCCCCUGAGUGA